UCCAGUGAAGACAAAGUAGUAGAAGUGGCAGAGGAGGAAGAAGUGGCUGAUGUUGAGGAAGAAGAAGCCGAUGAUGAUGAGGACGAUGAGGAAGGUGAUGAGGUAGAGGAAGAGGCUGAGGAGCCCUAUGAAGAGGCGACAGAGAGAACCACCAGCAUCGCCACCACCACCACCACCACCACGGAGUCUGUGGAAGAGGUGGUUCGAGAGGUGUGCUCUGAACAAGCCGAGACCGGGCCCUGCCGAGCAAUGAUCUCCCGCUGGUACUUUGAUGUCACUGAAGGGAAGUGUGCCCCGUUCUUUUACGGCGGAUGUGGCGGCAACAGGAACAACUUUGACACAGAAGAAUACUGCAUGGCGGUGUGUGGCAGCGUCAUGUCCCAAAGUUUACUCAAGACUACCUGGGAACCUCUUCCCCAAGAUGCUGUUAAACUUCCUACAACAGCAGCCAGCACCCCUGAUGCCGUUGACAAGUAUCUUGAGACACCUGGAGAUGAGAAUGAACACGCCCACUUCCAGAAAGCCAAAGAGAGGCUUGAGGCCAAGCACCGAGAGAGAAUGUCUCAGGUCAUGAGAGAAUGGGAAGAGGCAGAACGUCAGGCAAAGAACUUGCCCAAGGCUGAUAAGAAGGCAGUUAUCCAGCAUUUCCAGGAGAAAGUGGAAUCUCUGGAACAGGAAGCAGCCAACGAGAGACAGCAGCUGGUGGAGACGCACAUGGCCAGAGUGGAAGCCAUGCUCAAUGACCGCCGCCGCCUGGCGCUGGAGAACUACAUCACUGCUCUGCAGGCUGUUCCUCCUCGGCCGCGACACGUGUUCAACAUGCUAAAGAAGUAUGUCCGCGCUGAACAGAAAGACAGGCAGCACACCCUAAAGCAUUUUGAACAUGUGCGCAUGGUAGAUCCCAAGAAAGCUGCUCAGAUUCGGUCCCAGGUUAUGACACACCUCCGUGUGAUUUAUGAGCGCAUGAAUCAGUCUCUCUCCCUGCUCUACAACGUACCUGCAGUGGCCGAGGAGAUUCAGGAUGAAGUCGAUGAGCUGCUUCAGAAAGAGCAGAACUACUCAGAUGAUGUCUUGGCCAACAUGAUCAGUGAACCAAGAAUCAGUUAUGGGAAUGAUGCUCUGAUGCCAUCUUUGACCGAAACGAAAACCACCGUGGAGCUUCUUCCGGUGAAUGGAGAAUUCAGCCUGGAUGAUCUCCAGCCAUGGCAUCCUUUUGGGGUCGACUCUGUGCCGGCCAAUACAGAAAACGAAGUCGAGCCUGUUGAUGCCCGCCCUGCUGCCGACCGAGGACUGACCACUCGACCAGGUUCCGGGUUGACAAAUAUCAAGACGGAAGAGAUCUCUGAAGUGAAGAUGGAUGCAGAGUUCCGACAUGAUUCAGGGUAUGAAGUUCAUCAUCAAAAACUGGUGUUCUUUGCGGAAGAUGUGGGUUCAAACAAAGGUGCAAUCAUUGGACUCAUGGUGGGCGGUGUUGUCAUAGCAACAGUGAUUGUCAUCACUUUGGUGAUGCUGAAGAAGAAGCAGUACACAUCCAUCCAUCAUGGUGUGGUGGAGGUUGACGCUGCUGUGACCCCUGAGGAGCGCCACCUCUCCAAGAUGCAGCAGAACGGCUAUGAAAACCCAACUUACAAGUUCUUUGAGCAGAUGCAGAACUAAACCACUGCCACAGCAGCCUCCGAAGUUGGACAGCAAAACCAUUGCUUCACUACCCAUCGGUGUUCAUUUAUAGGAUAAUGUGGAAAGAAACAAAACCUUCUGUUUUAUUUUCUCAUAUCGCCUUUUGACAGCUGUGCUGUAACACAAGUAGAUGCCUGAACUUGAAUUAAUAUACAGAUCAGUAAUGUCUCUCUCUCUUUACAUUUUGGUCUCUACACUACAUUAUUAAUGGGUUUUGUGUACUGUAAAGAAUUUAGCUGUAUCAAACUAGUGCAUGAAUAGAUCCUCUCCUGAUUAUUUAUCACAUAGCCCUUAGCCAGUUGUAUAUUAUUCUUGUGGUUUGUGACCCAAUUAAGUCCUACUUGAAAUACGCUUUAAGAAUCGAUGAGGGAUGCUUCGUGUGAACAUGGGAGUUUAGCUGCUUUCUCUUGCCUAAGUAUUUCUUUCCUGAUCACUAUGCAUUUUAAAGUUAAACAUUUUUAACUAUUUCAAAUGAUUUUGAGAAAUUUUUUUCCAUGAUUGCAUUUUACUGUACAGAUUGCUGCUUCUGCUAUAUUUGUGAUAUAGGAUUUAAGAGGAUACACGUUUAUUUCUUUGUGCCUGUUUUAUGUGCACACAUUAGGCAUUGAGAAUUCAAACUUUUUUUGUCCAUAUAUCUUUGGAUCUUUAAUAAAAGAAUCCCUGUUCGUUGCAAGCACUUUUAUGGGUGGUGGGGGGAAGGGAGUGCUCUGCUGGUCUCAAAUUACCAAGAAUUCCCAAAAAAAAUUUUCUGCAGGAUGAUUGUACAGAAUCAUUGCUUAUGACAUGAGCGCUUUCUACACUGUAUUCCAUAAAUAAAUUAAAUAAAAUAACCUUGGGCAAGACUUUUCUUUGAAGAAUGACUACAGACAUUAAAUAGUCAAAGUAAUUUUGGGUGGUGGGAAAAAAAGGCAGAUUCAAUUUCCUUUAACCAGUCUAGAACAUUUUAUUUAUGAUAUCAGAAGAAGAUGAAAACAGAAGGGGCAAAAUAAGGGAGUCAGGAAGGCAUGACUAGACAAGCCAUUCUUUCAGAUUUGUCUUCAAUUUGUAUAAAAGUGUUUUCUUGUAAAUAAAUACAUUCUUGGAGGAG